CCCAUCCGGCCUCUACUACCCUAAUACUUGGACUCUGACCCAUUCUCCCAAAUUCCGCUGAUCCUGGCCCUAAUAACAAUCCAUAUUCAGACCUUAAAACAAUGAGUUGACUUCUCCCUUGCUAAGGAUUCAGGCCACCUCUCCCACGGUGACAAGGAUAACUUACUCCUGUCUUGGAACUGCUGAACAGGCUCCUUUCUCACCACUUCCCCUCCCCCGGUCGUCCCCCUAGUCUAGCCUCCUAUUAAUAACACAGAUUCGGGAUCCCAGACCCGCGGCACCUCCGAACCAACCCUUUUUUUCUCACUUGACUCCUCCAGUGAGUCAUUCCCAUUCCCUCUUAUCUACAGGUUCCCGGCCUGGGAAAAGAUGACCUCACUGGCCCGGAGGGGCCUGGUCCCACCUCUACUCUGGGGCCUGAGUCUCUUCCUUAGGCUCCCAGGUCCCGUCUGGCUCCAGCCCUCUCCACCUCCCCAGUCUUCUCCCCCAACUGAGCUCCAUCCAUGUCAUACCUGCCGGGGACUGGUCGACAGCUUCAACAAGGGCCUGGAGAGAACAAUCCGGGAUAACUUUGGAGGUGGAAAUACUGCCUGGGAGGAAGAGAAAUUGUCCAAAUACAAAGACAGUGAGACCCGCCUGGUUGAGGUGCUCGAGAGCGUGUGCAGCAAGUCGGACUUUGAGUGCCACCGCCUACUGGAGCUGAGUGAGGAGCUGGUGGAGAGCUGGUGGUUUUACAAGCAGCAGGAAGCCCCGGACCUCUUCCAGUGGCUCUGCUCAGAUUCCCUGAAGCUCUGCUGCCCAUCAGGCACCUUCGGGCCCUCCUGCCUUCCUUGUUUUGGCCCCUGUGCUCGCUGCUCAGGCCCUGAGGAAUCAAACUGCCUCCAGUGCAAGAAGGGCUGGGCCCUGCAUCACCUUAAGUGUGUAGACAUUGACGAGUGUGGCACAGAGCGAGCCAGCUGUGGAGCCAACCAGUUCUGUGUGAACACAGAGGGCUCCUAUGAGUGCCGAGACUGUGCCAAGGCCUGCCUGGGCUGCAUGGGGGCGGGCCCAGGCCGCUGUAAGAAGUGUAGCCCUGGCUACCAGCAGGUGGGCUCCAAGUGUCUCGAUGUGGAUGAAUGCGAGACCGAGGUGUGUCCAGGAGAGAACCAGCAGUGCGAGAACACCGAGGGAAGCUAUCGCUGUGUCUGUGCCGAGGGCUACAAACAGAUCGAGGGCAUCUGUGUGAAGGAGCAGAUCCCAGAGUCAGCAGGCUUCUUCUCGGAGAUGACAGAGGACGAGCUGGUGGUGCUGCAGCAGAUGUUCUUCGGGGUCAUCAUCUGUGCGCUGGCUACACUGGCCGCCAAGGGCGACUUGGUCUUUACCGCCAUCUUCAUCGGGGCUGUGGCGGCCAUGACCGGCUACUGGUUGUCAGAGCGCAGUGACCGCGUGCUGGAGGGUUUCAUCAAGGGCAGAUAAUCUCUGCCACACCUGCAGGAUCUCUUCCCAUCCAGGCUGUCCCCAGAGGUCAGCCUCUCUCCUGCCUGGACACUUGAGGCAGCUUGCUUUAUUUCUGAGUGGGGUAAGCACCCUCUAUCCACCAGGCCUGGGCAGGUGAGGCUCUUGGGAGUGAAAAAGUAGCUCUGAAUAUGGAUGCCAUGAGAUCUUGGCCUGGGGGAGCUGGGCAGGCUUCAUGUGUGUGAAUUUUUAAAAAAGUAUCUCUUUGUGAUGACUGCUAAUGGGCUUUGGCCCCUGCUUAGGAUGAGGGGGGUUCUCUGCAGGGGUGGGCCCAUCACAGCCCCCUCCUGCCAGCUGCAUGCUGCCAGUUCCUCCUCCGUACUCACCCCCCGCCCCUCAGCCACUGAUUAUUUAUUCAUCUCAGGAAAUAAAGGUCUUGGAAAGUAGA